ACGACCUGUUCGCCAGCGGCUUCGGGGCGGGGGCCGGCGUGGAGACCGGCGGGAAGCUGCUCGUCUCGAACCUGGACUUCGGCGUCUCGGAUGCGGACAUCCAGGAACUCUUCGCAGAGUUUGGGACCUUGAAGAAGGCAGCUGUGCACUAUGACAGAUCUGGCCGCAGUCUAGGGACAGCGGACGUGCAUUUCGAAAGGAAGGCAGACGCUCUGAAAGCGAUGAAGCAGUACAACGGAGUCCCCUUGGACGGACGCCCCAUGAACAUUCAGCUGGUCACGUCACAGAUCGACACACAGAGGAGACCGGCACAGAGUGUAAACAGAGGUGGCAUGACCAGAAACCGUGGUGGUUCAGGAUUUGGUGGUGGAGGAGGCAACAGGCGAGGUACUCGUGGCGGGAACAGAGGGAGAGGCAGAGGAGCUGGAAGAACUUCCAAACAGCAGCUCUCCGCAGAAGAACUAGAUGCACAGCUGGAUGCUUACAAUGCCAGGGUAAGUGCUGCUUGGGCGCUGUCCACAGGCUCCCCGCGGCAUCUCGGUCUGGGAAACGUGGGCAGCCCGGAGCCGGCAGGAAAGAGACAGCGUUUCCCAGGUCAUUGGACUAAAGCGGUCUCCCUCUAA